AUGCCCUCUCACGCAAUACCUAUUGCUCUUCGGUCAUCUACGGGCGCAAAGCGCAGGCGCGGGCGUCCUGCAAACACAGGCGCGCCACAGAUGGCGAUGGUGCUGGAGAACAUCGGGGAAUACAGGAUGUUGAAGAACGCGCAUGCGCCGCAGAUUGCCAUCAGCGAAUCCAUCAACAAGAUGGCUCGAAUGCUGAUACGACGGUAUGGAUGGGAGAAUCCGCUUAAGGCGUCUACAGUGCAGGAGGGUGAAGAGCACGACGGCGGUCCUGUGAGUGAAGAGCGACAAAGACGGAGGGACGUCAUACUCAAGAAAGUUCGCGGCGAAGUCAAGAAGAUCUGGCGGAGGAACCUGCUUCCCGCGAGAGAGGCAGCCGCAGGCCAAUCGACCACGGAGAUCGCCAAUUUAAUCAAACUCUUCGCCACCAAGCCGCGUCAGAAACAAGCGUACAAGAUCUGGGCACAGUCAGUGGCUCGUCCUGACCUGGAGGUAGAGGUGGAUGCUCGCCAUGCAGACAGGUUACGGGAACAGGAACCAGGGAGUGCGCCUCUUCCUCGAAUAUCCACGUGGAACAUUGUAGCGUCAGAGCGAUUCAAAGCGGCGAGUCACGUCGAGCAAGACCAUGCUCGUAGGGAAGCCAGACAGACUCAUAAGCAAGCCGUUGAGAGAUGGGAGCAGAGCGCCUCUGCGUUACCAAGAUCUCCUCAAGAGGCCGUCAAGUUUAUGGAGGAAUCUCAACUAUUCCUGAGUGACAUGAUGCACUUCUUUGCCAGCCGUAGUGCCGGCAUAGCCAUUAUGUUCAUCGGUGGACCUGGCGGCUCAAGUCUGGUCUCGGAAGGCGUGUGCGAUGUACCCGGGCACCCAAAACUACUAUACACCGAAGCUAACCCGCAAGGAUGUGCACACUUCAAAUAUGACUUAGCGAAACAGGUGCAGAUCCUGAAUGAAAUCAGAUGGGAAAGUAUACCUAGCGGCGGAAACGCAAUGUCCGACAUCUUCGCUAAUGGCGAUAGAAGUGUUGAUGAUGAGGACGGCGGCGACGCAAAUGGAGGCGGGGACGUCGAGAACGGGAAAGACAGAAGGGGAAAUGGAGAGAAGGAUCAGGAUACGGACGGCAGCGACGAAGGCUGGAGUGACGAAGACGCACCUUACGACGUCGGGAUGGAAACAGUGCGUGGCAUUGAAUUCUUGCUGCCACUAUCUCGUGCGCUCGGUGGUCCCGAGCCACGAGGGCACGGUGUGCUCCCCUCCUCAAACAACACUUGGCCUUACUCCGAUAGUGGACGAACCUACGACUUCGAUCCAGUCUCGGUCGAAGCCAACGUGACAUCGACGCACCCUAGCUCUCAGGUGGCCAGUCGGGAGGCAGCACUCGAUGAACGACCCAAAGCGGUGCGCGGCAUUGAACUCCUGCUGCCAGUAUCUCGUGCGAUCGGUGGUCCCGAGCCACGAGAGCACGGUGUGCUCCCCUCCUCAGACAUCAGUUGGCCUUAUUCCGAUGGUGGACGAACCUACGACUUCAAUCCGGUCCCGGUCGAAGCCAACCUGACAUCGACGAUCACUAGCUUUCAGGUUGCCAGUCGGGAGGCAGCACUGGAUGACCGACGCGGCAUUGAACUCCUGAUGCCACUAUCUCGUGCGCUCGGUGGUCCCGAGCCACGAGAGCACGGUGUGCUCCCCUCCUCAAACACCACUUGGCCUUACCCCGAUGGUGGACGAACCUACGACCUCGAUCCAGUCUCGGUCGAAGCCAACGUGACAUCGACGCACCCUAGCUCUCAGGUUGCCAGUCGGGAGGCAGCACUCGAUGAGCAACCCAUCAUUGAUGGUGGUAUGAGCAGUAUAUCCUAUGUCGGGCAGCAGACGCAAUUAACGGUCUUGAAUCCGACGGAACUUGCCCUAGAGCAGCAUAGUAUGAAUAUGGACGACUAUAAGAAAGCAUUGCGCACAGCCAUAUCUCGAGUUUUGCCGCAUAAGGUGUGGCUGGAGGAGUCGAACACGAUCAACUUUCUCAAAGCCUUGCCGUCAAAGCUCUGCGACCGGAUAGACGUAUGUGUGGCUUACGAUCUGACUCUAUCGUAUUUGCGAUUCGAAGCUAGCAAUACGAAUGAGAUGGCUUUGACGAUGCAAAAGGUUCUGACAUCAGACGGGCAAGAAGCUGAUGAGAAGCCUAGAUAUAUGGCGGAGCUCUACAAACGGGACUUCGUUUCGCGAUGGAAUGCGAGAGCUGACGAUAACGAAUCAAGAACGCCUGCGAAGCUCGAUGCCGAUGUGAACGCCACACUAACUCGCCAAUGGGCGUUGCUCCAACCAAUGGAGCGACUCGAUGCACAAGGGCGGAUAUGUGUACCUGCUGAUGCCAGCAUGGAUUGGCGUGGGCGGCUGGCUCCCGGCCUCGAUGGUGUACGCCUCCUUGUCGUGACGAUGUUAGUGUGGGCGUGGAACAUCCGAGGGGACGAAGAACGAACUCAGUGGUCGCAUAUGGCAAUCGACGUAUCAAGAGUCCUUCGCAUUUUGGUCCAGCAGGCAGGCCCCCGGGACGCGGAUCGCUCAGCGAUUGGCCAUGAAGAGAUACAGCGGGGCGAACGCAAGAAGUCAACCCGUAAAGUAAAGAAAAGUGCAAAGCUGCGAGAAUUGGACGGUUCUGCAUAA